AUGGACCUGCUGGUUUUCCCCCCACAACCGGACCGUGUCGCCAUAGUGACCGGCGGGACAGAUGGCAUCGGCUACGCCACGGCGAGGUAUCUGGCGAGACUCGGCAUGCAUGUUAUCAUAGCUGGAAAUAAUGAAAGCAAAGCCCAAGAAAUUGUGAGCAGGAUUAAAGAAGAAACCUUGAACAGCAAAGUGGAAUUUUUGUACUGUGACCUGGCUUCCAUGAGGUCCGUCCGGCAGUUUGUCCAGAACUUCCAGAUGAAGAAAAUCCCUCUGCACGUCUUGGUGAACAAUGCUGGGGUCAUGAUGGUUCCGGAAAGGAGGACCCAGGACGGAUUUGAAGAACACAUUGGUGUGAAUUACCUGGGGCACUUCCUACUCACCAACCUGCUCCUGGACACCCUGAAGGCAUCUGGAUCUCCCGGCCACAGUGCCAGGGUGCUCACCGUGUCCUCGGCCACACACUACGUUGGCGAGCUGAACAUGGACGACCUUCAGAGCAGAAAGAACUACUCGCCCCACGGGGCCUACGCGCAGAGCAAGCUGGCCCUGGUCUUCUUCUCUUACCAUCUCCAGCGGCUUCUGGCCGCUGAGGGGAGUCACGUGACGGCCAAUGUGGUGGACCCCGGGGUGGUCAACACGGACCUCUACAGACACGUCUUCUGGGGCACACGUCUGGUGCAGAAGUUGCUGGGAUGGCUGCUCUUCAAGACCCCCGACGAAGGAGCCUGGACGUCUGUCUAUGCCGCGGUCACUCCAGACCUGGAAGGGGUUGGUGGCCGCUACCUCUACAAUGAGAAGGAGACCACAUCCCUCAAGGUGACCUACGACCAGAAGCUGCAGCAGCAGCUGUGGGCCACCAGCUGUGAGAUGACCGGUGUUGUCGACGUGACCCAUGACACCAUCUUGAGAUAGCCACUGUUCCAGGAAGAGGCGUGUACUGGGCGACUAGGGAGGACCAUGGCCUUCUACAUGUCCAUCUAUAGUCUUGACUCAAAUGCCUGAACUUUUGAAGGAAUUCCAGGAAGGAAGGAAGCAUUGAGGUGGACACCCCCAGGUGUUCCUCAGCUGCAAUCCUUGUGAUCCCAAAGUGCCAAAUUGUCACAGGUGCCAUAAAUAAUUAAAACCUCUCA